CCUACACGGAAGUCCAGUUGGACUAACAUAUAUUGACCAUUGAACCCUAAAAAAAUAUUUGAAACCUCCGCUAAAAGUUUUACUGCCCCUGUUAGACUUGACACGUGGAGCUCAAGUUCGUGACGAUGCAUGCGAAAUCUUCGCUGAUGUUGUUGGCUGUUUUGUCUGCGGCCACGGCGCAGAAUCAGGUUUGUUUCCUGCAGGCAGAAACGGGAACAUGCCGAGCCUUCCUGCCGUCUUACUACUACAACACGCAGACUGGGUCCUGCGACUGUUUUGUAUUCGGUGGAUGCAGGCCUGGAGGGAAUAAUUUUAAUACAAUCGAGGACUGCAUGAGAGUCUGCAACGUAAAUCCCGCUACGCAGAUCUGGUCAGAGACUUGCCAGAGAAUUUUUGCAAGAAACACUACGCCCUCGCCAAUCCAGCCUGUUCAACCUCAGCCGACUCAACCUCCGACAGUUCAGCCUCAGCCUAUUCAACCCCAGACUCAACCAAUUGAACCUCAAGUUCUUCAACCUCAACAGCCAACAGAAUCGCAUCAAGGACAGAAGCCCGUUGACCAACAACAGGUACAGCAGGUUGACAAACAGAACCUCACACCGAACCAAAUCCAGCAGCUGCAAUCAAUUUUCGAACAAUUAUCCACGCAGCAGAAUGUUCAAAAACCACCAACAACAGCACAACCUUCACCAAUCCCACCCGCAGUGCUACCUCAGCCUAUCAGGACCGUCGUUAGACCUCGUCCUGACGAGAGCAGGGAAGACGAUGAUAAUGUUAGAGUGUUCAAACCAGUUUUCCCACCUCCUCUGCCUGUUUUCCCACCUCCUCUCCCUGGCGUGGUUCGACCGCCUGUUCCUCAGCAGCAGAGGCAACAGUUUUCAGCUCAGGAGGCACCGCAAGAGCAGCGAACUGUCGCCUCGGGCACUGUAUUCGGGUCUGUCACUCAAGGGGGCCUGCCGAUCGCCGUGGGACAACCUGUCAGGAUCACAGGAUGAAGAUGUUGUCAUAGAAUGAAAGCUUAAAAAAUUGUUUAGUGUAAUGAAUGAAAAAUUUCUUAUUCACAAUUAAAUACCCCUGAAAAGGUUACCUUAAAUCUUAUAAUGUCUCCUUCUACAAUCAAGGUUGCAACAGCUUAUCAUAGUUCAUUUAUAAUAUAAUUGGUAUUUAAUUUUGAAAUUUUUUAGAGUAUUUCAGUAGUUUUUCGUUCUUCUAACUUCUGAUGAUGUAUAAAAAAUUCAAACAAGUAAUGUCAUUUAUGAUGAAUCAAUCACAAAUGUUUCGUGCUUCCUGUUCAAUUGCAUCCUGAGACAAUUGUAAACUUUUUUUUUAGAUUUAUUGCUGAUUUUUAUCAGAUUAUAAAAUGCAUUAGAAUCGUGCAAGCAUCCCUGACAUUAAGGUCUCAAGGCCAGGGGCGCCGCGCAGUCCAGUUUUUCCAGAAGACGUCAUGCAUUUAAUGUUUCCUGUUCAGACCGCUUAUCCAAGAUCACUCGUCAUUGCAGGUUUAUUUUCUCCCGAGUAGGCUUAAAUCUCCAUAAAUUUUUUCAAGUUCAUAAUUGUUGCAUAGAAAAUAAUUAAUGUUAAAUUUUUUAUAUUAUCUAAAUUUGUUCUCAUCAGGGAUAUUUGUAUAUUAGAAAUACAUUAACAUGAAAAUAUAAAUAAAAUGAUAUUUCUUUCUUGUGAUUAAACGUCUCUCUACUUUUUAUACCGUUGGAUACUGAAUUUAUGCCUCUGAAAGAACGUUAUUUUUUAAUUUGUGUUCAAUGUUUUUAAAUUAAUCUAAAAAAUGUGUGGCUUUCGAAUUGAUUCAACUCUGGAGAUCUAAAAACACAGUAGCUCUAAAAUAAAUAAUAAUCUUCAAAAAC